AUGAUUGGGAUUGACAGUGGCAGGGGGGAUCAUGACGGACAAGCUGAACUCGCAUCCUCGCUAGAAGAGGGACCUGUUUUUCUUUUUUAUGAUCCUAAUGAUAUUCCUCCUGCAUCUGGGAAAUACAUUGGGUUUAUAUCUCACUUUAUUGCUGGUUACUACAAUUCUUCCAGUGAUGGCGUCGAUUCGAUGGGGAUCUUGGCAGAUGGUACAGAGGUGACUAAAUUAUGUGAGGAAGCAAGUAAGAUUCUAGCCGCUGAACCGGUUGUUUUAGGCGUCGAUGUGCGCGCUGAGGAGAAUUUGGUUAUUGUUGGUGAUAUCCAUGGUCAGUUCAACGAUUUGCUUCAUAGUGUGCUAGGGGUUCAGCUCGGGAGGCGACCUUUUUCAGGAAGCAGAAGAGUCCCACCUCAUCGCUGUUCGCUCAAUUCAGUCAAAUACUGUGAUUUUUCAAAUCCAAUAUAUAAACGUGACGGUGAGACAUUCUUCCCGGACAUGGAAAAGGGAGGUAGGAAAGCCACGUUUGAAAGAAAUCUUCGUAAUGCUACAAAAACCACCGUGACCUCAGAGCUUUACAGUGGUGGAUUUGAUAGCGACGGCUGCGGCUGGUCGACCAACCCCGGACCGUCAACAUCUUCACCAGUCGUAAUAGGCGACGUCGACAAAGUUGUCAAGUUUCUUUUCCUGGGGGACUAUGUAGACCGCGGCCCAUGUAGUGUCGAGGUCAUCCUUCUUCUGCUUGCGCUCAAAGUCGAGUACCCCAAUCACAUUUUCCUGCUACGCGGCAAUCAUGAGGAGGCACAGACGAGUCGCAUGUACGGCUUUCUUCACGAGUGCCGGGCAAAAUUCUCUUUCAUGUGUAGUCGUUACGACAAGGUUUGCGAUAAGCAUAGCUCCCAUCCUUUUUGUAAUGAUUCUCAUAAUGCUUCACAGCACCGAUACGUCCAUGAACAGUAUAGCACCAAUAGACAGGACAUGAGUAGCAAUGGCAGCGCUCCGUCUAGCACCUCCUGUAGGGGGAUACGUAGCCACGCCAGUGCUCUGCGGGGUGGCGCCCCUUGCAGCGGGGAUCACGCCACCAAAAUAUGGCUCUGCUUCAACACGAUGUUUUGUUGGUUACCCUUGGCCGCGGUAGUGCGCUGCGGCACGGGGUAUGUCUUCUGCAUGCACGGUGGGCUCAGCCCGCAUACAAGGCGCAUCGAGUCCUUGCAGCACCUACACCGGCGGGCGUACGGCCUGCAGCACAAUACCACCACUGAGCGAGAGUGGCAGGAUUCGAACUCGCCGGACUCGAGCACCUAUAGCAGCCCGCAACCAUCCCCAUGCGUGGUUGACGGCAGCCCUCACCGUUCUCGUGGGGAUAAAAAGGACCGGGUCACUCGCAUCAUCGAUGGACUUCUCUGGUCGGAUCCUUCAGAUGACGUCGUGGGGUUCUUGCGCAGCCAACGUGGCCACGGCUAUUCCUUCGGUGCCGAUGUCAUAGAGGCAUUCCUUGAGGGUAAUUAUGGACACCCCUACGAGCCCACGAUCCACAAUCCUUUUCCUUUCUCUGAGCCUAGCAACGUCUCGGUGGACUUUCCAAUGGUGGUACCGCGUUUUCACUUUCUCGUGCGCGCCCACCAGUGCGUAAUGAACGGCUACCGGUGGUCCUGCGGUGAUAAGGCUCUCACCAUUUUCUCUGCUCCAAACUAUUGUGGUGCGAAUAAUAUGGGCGCCGUCGCCAUUCUGCGUGGUGAUAUGCACAGCGUUGCAAAAGAAAGCGCGAAGGACACCAUUUCCCUCGAAUUUAAGGUAUAUGAGAGCUUUAUGUCAAAGCGGACGUCAGUGCCGCCCGUCUCUGGUCGUGGUGGGGCUACUUUACUGGUGCCGUGUGUGAAUGGGGAUACCACCAGCCGCUUAUCACAGGUAUCAAAAUGCGAGUGUAUGAGUAGGGAUGAGGCAAGGCCCCCCCUGAGCAAUAUCAAACACUUAUCAACCAACUUCAUUAGAAAUCCUAUCUUGGAAGAUUUUUUUGAAUACGACGAUAAUUACGAGGACUACAAGCAAUAA